AGUUAGUUCUUAUUUAAGCUACAUUUUUUGUUGAGAUGAUGAACUUCGGAAUCUGGAGUGAUUGUAAUCGACAAACGGAGCAUCCUGAGAAAGGGUUUAGUGAUAGAGAGAUUCUAUAUUGGAAGGAUGUAUUUGUUAUAUCAUUACGACUAUUGAGGAUUUCUACUCGAUUCAACAGUCACAUAUGUGGAGCGCUAUGAAACAUUCAAGAAGCAGAGUUGAAGGCACUUCAUUCCACUACCAACCCAUGGUGCUGCAGAAGACCACCAGGAAUGAAAAUAUUUGGACCAUAAUAAAAUUGAUGUUUAUACAAUAAAA